GGUGUCUGGAGAGGUUGUCAUGGGUUAUUGGCCAGAGUUUCAAGUUGCACAGUAACAGUUAAUAUUUCAGAGAACAUAGAUAGAUACGGGCGUUAAUUAAGUGAUGAUAUCAUUUCCCUGCAUGUGCACUGCGUGUGUGGGGUCUGUGUUCUCACCAUGCUUUCUCCUUAUCUCGCUGAGUAGGUCUUCAUGCUGGAUACACAGUGUUCCCCAAAAACUCCCAACAACAAGGAGGGAUUUGAGCAUGCCCAGUCCUGCGUGCUCAUCAUCGAGCUGCCCCCAGAUCAGCAGUCCAACGGGCACACGCAGAAGAGGAAAGUGGGGAUCCCAUUCCGCACCAUCGUGGUGAGCCUGUUGUCCCAUCAAGUGCUGCUUCAGAAUCUCUAUGACAUCCUGCUGGAGGAGUCUGUGAAGGGCUCUGCCCAGCCGGACAAUCAGGAGAAGGCCACCCCCGUGUCAGAGCCCAAGCCAGCUGGCUUCCUGCGUUACAUUUCCAUGCAGAACUUGGCCAUCAUCUUUGACCUGCUGCUGGACUCCUACCGGACUGCGCGCGACUUCGACACCAGGCCGGGGCUGAAGUACCUGCUGAUGAAAGUGUCUGGUGUCUGUGGUGCAGCCAACUUGUACCGGCAGUCUGCCAUGAGCUUCAACAUCUACUUCCAGGCCUUGGUCUGUGCCAUUUUGACCAAUCAGGAGAACAUCACCGCAGAGCAGGUGAAGAAGAUCCUCUACGAGGAAGAGGAGGGUAGCUCGGACUCCUCCCAGCAGUGCUCCUCGGAGGAUGAAGACAUAUUUGAGGAGACAGCCCAGGUCAGCCCCCCGCGGGGCAAGGAGAAGAGGCAGUGGAGGGCCAAGAUCCCCUCCCUUAGCAGCCAGCCUGUGAGCAGCGUGGACUGGGCCUGGCUGGUCAAGCGUCUGCACAAGCUCUGCAUGGACCUCUGCAACAACUACAUCCAGAUGCACUUGGAUCUGGAGUGCAACAGCGACGAGCCCCCUGUGCUCAAGGGGGACCCCCUCUUCUUCCUCCCACUCUUCCCUUCUGAGACCUCGACGCCUUCCACGGGGGGCGUCUCGGGCAAGGGUACCCCGUCAGAAGACGGGUUCCGGUGCCAUGCGGCCGAGACGCCCUCCGACGAGACCCCGAGCAUCGGGCAGAGUGCCGGCUGCCUGCCGCCCUUGAAGGGGGACCGGAGGGACCCCAGCAAGAAGAGGGAGUGGUGGGAGAGCGCCGGAAACAAGCUGUACACCAUCGCCACCGAUAAGACCAUCACCAAGCUGAUGAUCGAGUACAAGAAGAGGAAGCAGCAGCACAACCUGACCACCUUCGUGAAGGAGUCCAAAUGCGACAAGAAGGGGGAGCCCGUCACGCUGCGGGGCCCCGACUCCCCCAUCCCACAGAGGCCCCAGCAGCUGGUGGACCAGGGUCCAAUGAGGCACUCCUUCAGCGCCGGGCCCGAGGUUCUGAGGCAGGACAAGCGUCCCCGCUCAGGGUCCACCGCCGGCUCUCACAACAUCUCCCUGCGCGACUCCGAGGUGCAGAUACAGGCGUGGACCAACAUGGUGUUGACCAUUCUCAACCAGAUCCAGCUCCUGCCGGACCCCACGUUCACGGCCCUGCAGCCUGCGGUCUUCCCGUGCGUCAGCCAGCUCACCUGCCACGUGACUGACGCCCGAGUCCGCCAGGCCGUCCGCGAAUGGCUGGGGCGCCUGGGCAGGGUCUACGAGAUCAUUCCAUGAGACCUGAGCUGCUUUGAAGGGCGGAGACCUGGAGCUCCACCUCGCCAGGGUUUGGAAAGCGGUUUGGGUGUGUAGCUUUGACUCAGGUGUGAGCUUGUGACUUCGUAGGCCUUUGGAAAGUCAUUCCCCAUUUUGGAGGAACGUCCGUGAUUCUAAAUCCAAGAGAUCAUACGCCAUUAAAGAGGAUCUAAAACAGCCAACAGCCGUGCCAAUGCUUGAUUCGAUCAGAGGUUUAUUUUUUAAGGAACCCUGCGGUCCUCGGAUGGCAUGUUCAUUUGCAUGGAGUAAAGUGUGUUCCUGCCAAAGACAGGGGAUACCUUAAUAUUUUCUUGAAACUGUAAUGAAUUCCCUUAGACUCCCACACCAUAUUGUGCAGAUUUAUGAGAAGUUCCCAUUUCAUCUAUAGUUUGGAUUAGUUGUGCACAUGACACCAAGCCCUUGUACCUGAAAACCCGAUCAGGUGGUUGCAGUUGGGAAAUUUGAUUGACUGCAACUCACACAUGCCUAAUGCCCUAAUGGUGUUUGGCUAAGCAUAGAUUGACCCAUGAACACAGAUUCAGGUCUAGGUCGUGUCACCCACCGACUGGGACCAGGAUCCCCCAAGCAGCAGCGGAACUGUGUGCUGCCAAGGGUAGGGUGGGGUCAGCUCUCAGUGACACAGCGCCCCCUGUGGCCUCCCGAGGACCUGCAGGCAUGCAGUGCUGUCAGUGAAGGACGCGCCUCUAUUCCAAUCAGCGCCGGUCCUCUGCUGUGGGCCCCCACUCUCCCCGUGAGUGAUCACACAGUUCACAGGUGAGCCCAAAUGGCAAAAACGCACAACUGGCUCUUCCAAAGGGGCAGGGUAUAGCAAAAGUAACUAUUCUAUUAUGAUUCAUAUUAAUAGUAUUAAAUAUAUAAAAGGAGUCAAGAGUAGCCUGGUAAAAUCCAAAGGACUUCUGGGGAUCAGUAUAGGUGCUCCUGUAUUUCUGUCCAAUUGCUGUUCCAUCUGGGAAAAAGCUGAUUAGGCAGAAUUUCAUGAGCCAACAAACGGACCCCAUACAUUCUUCUAAGAAAUAUCAAACUGUUACUGGUUUUAAAUUGGGUCCAUGUUCAGUGUUUUGAAAAGCAACUGAAUUUUCUACUUAAUAAUAAGAGAGAUUAAUAUUGUUUUUUCUAACAGAUUUGCACAGUUUAUUUAUGUGGCAGUGCCAGAUUUGCUUGGUAACCCUAACCUAAUAUAUUUUUCUCUGAAAACAUUUUAAAAGAUUAAUAUUUUAAACUGGACUCGUAAUCUCUUACAGGCAAAGCACGUAUUGUGUUAUGCCUGAACAUAAUGCUCAAGACAUCGGAGACCUGCAUGCAAAGACCAUUUCUUGGCAACAUGUCACACUGAACACAAAGGGAGUCGAACUGCAGCUCGCUCUGUGACUGUGUGACGGUUUGAGAAAGCUUUCAUCUCAUUCAGGAGCACGGUGGCAAAAAGUAGUGAAAACGCCAAAAAUUUGUCCAGGUGGAGCAUUUGUUUUCAAAAUGAAUGAUACCUGAUAAAUACCAGUGUUUUAAUUUGUGCUUAUUCAACCCUUUAUUGUCUAAAUUAUUGAAAACUGCACCGAUAUUUUGUGGUAUAUAUUUGACAAUGUCAGGAGAGAUCAUCAGCAGCAUGUCAGUGACACUGUGCACUACUUGCUGUUGUAAGAGGAACGUGUAUAAUCACAGUCAUUUUAGAGUUUCUUAUUCAGCCCCCUGUGGGCAGUCAUGGUACAGGAAAGUGUUCAGUUAACACAUCGACCGUGAGAGUGUGGGGCUUGUCCACUUUCUGUCCUGCCUUGCGCGUGUUUGUUCCUGUUAUUGUGCGCGUUUGUGCUAAUCCACCAGCGUUCCAGAUGCAGCAUGGGUCUGUUUUCCUCCAUGCAGAGCGUCACAGUGCGAGAAGACUGUCACUCCUUCUCAGCAUGUUCGUGCAGCUGUUUGUACAGACAAGAUCCCCUUCAAAUGAUCUUAACCCACUUUCUAUCAGAUCACCCUCUGCUUUGUCCCAUAUAAAUUGAAAGCUUUGAUAAAACUACAUAUUCACGCUCCCCAGUGCUUUCGGAUUAAAACCAUGUUCAUAAGUACUAAAGACUUUCUCCUUGUCCCGACUCAUCCUCAUCCCCAUCAGCCAGUGGCAAAUGUCAGGAUCAGGAGACAGCCCAGAGUUUAUCGCAGCAGGCUGGACAGCUUCCUCCUUCCUGUGACUAACUACACAGCUUUGCAGUGCAUGUUUUAAAAUCCUCUUCUGCUCACAUGGCCUAUGAAGCACUUUCCUCUUGUAUGUCAUCCGCGCACUGUGCCUGCUACAACACUGUCUAGCGCCCAGUGCUGAUAUUUCAGUUCAAGAGAGUUAGCUUUGGGAGAUUAGAUUGUGAGGCUUUGCCAUCUAAGUUUCCCCAAACUAAAACACCUCGAAGGUUUAUGCUACAGAGUAGAUCUGUAGAAACAUUUUUAAAAGUGGAGGGGGAAAUUACAUCAUGCAUUCCUAUAGUAUUGUGAUGGAGAGCAAAAGCCAGAAUAAGAACUAUAUUAGGAAUAACUCCUCCUGUAUUCAGGUUUUGCAAAAGCAAGUGCAAAACCUAACACAACAGAGACAGCAGGUCCCAUUCUUUAUUGCCACAUUUUGAUGAAUGACAAAGACUUACACUUGACAGGAAGGUUUUGGCUGGGGUGGUAUUUUUUAUCAGCUGUUGUUUAAUUGCGGGAUUACCAAAGCCUUUUAAAUAGUUCAGAUUUGAAACAUGGAACGAAUGCAUUUUAUUUAAUAAAGAAGAAUUAAAAGGUAAAUAUUUUAGUAAUACCAUACAGUACUUGCUUUUUGGAUACUUUUGAUUACAUCUAAUUACCUAAAUUGGGGAAUUUUUGCGAGUAUUGUUUUUGAGCAACCUUUUGUGUCUAUCAUAUUCUCCACACAGGAGCUUGCUCGACCCAGCAAAGACCAUUGCCCCUGACACACCAUCUGUGUCCCGCUGUUUGUGUCUCAGUCAGUGCCCUUAUGCCCGGUCCUGCUGCUCCAGGCCAACACCAACAUCUGGAGGCUGAGUGGAAUCACACCACCCCUUUGAGGGGCUGAUGGUGGAUUAAAAUAGCAGCACAGUUUUGCACAGGUUACCUACAAAAAAAGGUCAUUUUAAUUACCAGCAGGAGGCUUGGUUCAGGUCUUGCAAUGGAGCUGCUCUGGCCCCUGUAGUUCUAUUUGUUAGCACCCCUUCAAUCUCUGCAGAUCCAAACCACCCUCUUACUUUACUACAACAGCUUGGGUCCGGCUUCCUGCAGGUGAAUUCAUAUCCUCAUUCACAUUCUGUGAAACUGAAAGCAAAUAUGAGAGAAGAGGGUGGUCUAUCUUGCUAAAGUUUUUUUUAACGUUAGAUAGCCAGCAUUGUGCUCUUGCUUACUCACGUGCUGUGAAACCCUUAAGGAUGAAGACAGCAGCUUGUGUGAUUAAACCGUGUGUUACCACAGCAACACUGCAUCACCGACAGCAGCAUAGAUGUGAUGUCAGAAGUCUUCGAUCACAACCUGGCCUGUUGGGGUUGUCCCUUAAAGAUGAGUGUGGACCUCAGUAGAACUUUUUUGCAUUUGAGACAUGGAUGUAAAGCUGUUUUUUUUCCUGAGAAACAAUGUAAAUAUUUUCUUACGUGCAGUGUCCAAAUACAUUUUAUGUUCUUGUUUUCAGUAUUUACCCCACCUGUAUCAGUUGUGCCAGCAUCCUUUUAUUCUCCGGCUAGCCUUCGUUUGCUCAUCCGUUAGGGGAAAAAAAAGACCAAAGAUUUGGCCGUUGGUGUAAGUAGUCCUGUUGUACGUUUUUUUAAUUUUCCUCUUUUAAUCCCAAGUCGCGUUCAGAGUUGUAGUUAAGAAAAGGUCAAAACAGGUUAGCCGUUGGCUUGGGGAACAGGGAGGGUGUUAGCAAAGCCGGAAGGGUUACUCCUGUGUCUCCUCUUCCUCUCUGAAAGCCUUGCGAGAGCAGGCACUGCCUGUUCUUUCACUGAAGCAUUAGUGCUCCUCAGAUCCACUGACCCUUAAUCCUGCUGGCGAAGGAUCUAGCACUGAGGUACUGUUCUGGUCAGUGACAUUUUGUUUGUUUCACAAGUCUGCCAUUGAUUUCUUUGAUGGAAAUGACAAUGUCUCCUGGACAUUCAUCUGAAUUGAUAUCAUAACAUUUCUUUAGUGCAAGGGGUCAUUGUUGCAGUGGCUGUUGAUGCACAUUCAUUCAGUUGUACUGGAACAAUCCUCUUAUGAAAACAAUGGCUUUGGUCUACGGAUGCUGUCAUAUACUGAUGAUGACCCAGAACGUGCUCUUCAUGUUCAGGUUUGGUGCCCAGCUAGCUGAUCUGGUCAAGCACAGGGUUUGUAUGAGUGUCAAACCCUGCUGGUCCAAACUGACCAGUGCCCUUAUCCAGGAGCCUUUCUCUCUGCUGUAGGAUUGAAUAUGCUUGGUUAUUUUUCUAUUUCGAUUUUCAGGAGUACUAGUAAAAGGCUAGAUUUAUUUUUUCAUUCUCUAGUAAUGCCAUAGUCUAGGAUGGUUUCCUUCACAAAGGACAAAUACAGGGGCUAAUGACAGUUCUAAAGAAGGAUGCAGAAAGUCUAGACUGAAUUAUUAGACAGAGGUCAUCUACAGUACGUGUACUUUACAAAUUUGCUGGCUGUUACAAAAAACAUGAAAGCUUUGAUAGUGUUUAAACCAUAUUGCAUGCUAAUUAAUACGAUCUUUUUAAACGUUGGUUUCUUAAAAGAUAAAUGUGGAUAUGGCACAUGGAAAGUUGUCUUAUUCUAAAUCCAAACACCCUUUAAUUGUCCCUCAUUACAACUAAUUAUUGGUCAGGCCCCCGGCCAUAUCUCCUUCAUAAUUUAGUGACUUGACAGUGCAAAAGGGCUUAAUUAUUUGAUUUUGUUUUGAUUGUGGUCAAGCAAAAUUGGUCUUGUAGACCAAUACUAUUAUCUUGUUUUUUUUCUGAAAGACCACCAAAUGACAUAUGGGACAGCAACAAAUAGUAAUUUAUUUACCUUGUAAUGUGCUUAACCUCUAGAUUGUUGAUUUUCAGCAGCAGUAUCAUAAGAUUGGAUAUAGAAUACUCGGUUUGUUGAUCAGGCCCCCGAAAGAAAUGUGCACUGAUUUAUAGCCCAUAUAUCCAUGUUUCAAAUUGAUAUCUACCAUAUGUAAAGACAGUUAAGUUUUUUUUUCCAAAUUUAGCCCAAUGGAUGUGUACAGCCAAAAUGAGUCAUCUGCCACUCCACAAUUACCAGUGUUCUUUAGGAAAUGGAAAAAUGUUUUCCACAGGAAUCUUUUUAAUGACUGAAAUUUGUAUUUCGAAAUGGUGUAUUAACCAUGUCUAUUGGUUGUGCGCUACCACUUAAUAUGACCAAAUAUACAAUAUAGCAAGAUGUACAUAUUGCCUAAUUCUGUGAGGAGAUUUAACAGUAACAGUCCACAGCUCACACUCAAAAUGACACGCAAAACUGGCGCAAUACAGAGACACAUUUUCUUCAUAACUGAGAGGCCAAUAACCAUGUGGACUGAUUUCAAAGCUUCUGCCAUUGAUUGCUCUAGGGACUUAAUUAUUUUGUAAUAUUUUGUUAUGUUGCUGCUGAAAAUGAGGCAUUUGUGUGGCUGAUGUACUUUGUUUAAAAAAUAAUAAAAAAUAUAAUAUAUUCUGUAUAAUCCAAAGUGUGUCCUGAUUGUAAUUUAUGUUGAAUGUGUUGUAGAAUAAAGAAGCAAAAGAAG